UUAUUAGUUCCUGCAUCCCUGCCACUACUACCUUGGAGGCCUACCAUGGGAUAUACAAGCAGUGACUGCCCCAGGCCUGGGAAGGCCUUAUCUGUUGUUACAUAUCCUGGGUGGAUACCAGCCUUGUGAAUCCUUACAUAUCAAAACAUGUCCAGUUGAGCUCCUAGAAUGCAAGCUUUACUGACCUCUUCAAGGUGACUCAUGGAAGUAGCUGUUGUUGAAGAACCAGAGCUGGGUCAUCAAUGGAAGAACAAUCUAUGGUGUAUUUGGACUGCUGACUGCCAAAGAUCGUGUAGGGAGUAGGGGGUAGGAGUAAGGUCAGUGGCCUGGUGAGUCCUGCAAGGGUCAUUGUGAUAUGUACUCUUUUCUUUUUUCAAGACGGGGUUUCUCUGCAGCUUUGGAGUCUGUCCUGGAACUAGCUCUUGUAGACCAGGUUGGCCUCGAACUCACAGAGAUCCACCUGCCUCUGCUUCCCAAGUGCUGGGAUUAAAGGCGUGUACCACCCCCACCUAGCUUUUUUUUUGGGGGGGGUAUAAUCUUUGGGAAUGCUAUUGGCAUUUGUUCAGUUUGAGUGGGAUGCUAGACUCCCUAAAGGGCUUAAAACCUUUACUAUGAAGUUUCCAAGACAUCAUUGUGCAUAUAAAAUCCUCUUAGCGCCUAUUAAAAAUGGAGUUAGCUGCCAUUGGAAAUGGUCUCGUGAGGUUCAGGCUGAUAUGGAACUUGCUUUCCACUUACAUCUGCCUUCAGAGUGUUGGGAUACAGGCAUGUGCCACCACACAUAGCCGAUUCUAAAGUUAUUUUUUAAGUGCAAACGAGACAUUUUUGUGCAUUUUGAAAAAAAAAAAAAACCAACAACCUGAGGACUCAACCCACGAAGAAUUAAAUACAACAAAGGGAUGCUGGGAGUGGGAGUAAGUCUUCCUCAGAGAAUAGCAUGCCAAUUGGUUAUCCAAUACCAAAUGGUCAGCUCUGGAAGUAUGAGUAACAUACAGACUGAGUAGGUUAUAGUUAGUAAUACAUAUGUGUAUGUAUGUAUAUCCAUGUAGUAACAGUGAAAAAAAGGGACAUGAAUCUGAAGAAUGAGAUGGAGGGGUAUAUGGGACAGUUUCGAGGGAGGAAAGGGAAGGCAGAAAUAAUAAUCUCAAAAAUCAAAAAAAAAACCCUCAAUUUUUAUGGAACUAUACUUCCACGUAAAGCAAAUGUAUACUUUAUUCAUUGUUUUACCAAAAGUUUGCUCACUAUUUUAGAAAACCAGGUUUCCAAUGUCAACACUGCUUAUGGCAUCUGAAUUACCAGUAAAUGUCAUUGGCUGGCAGUGUAGCGAUCUCAUCCACAGUGACCCUAUUUAUGGGCAUGGGCGGCAGACUGUUCCAUUGCCUUCUGGUUUAUUUGUGCCCAAGCUUUCACAUUUUGAAAUAGACGUUACUAUUAAUUACUCUUGCUUUACAGUGAGUGUGUUAUAUGUAGUCCUACGGGAUGUGGGCUUUUUAUGCACGACUUUUGUUUUGAACUGAUGCAGGGCACGUCUUGUUUGGUUGAAGAAUGUAUACCUAAUAAAUGAUGCUGAAUGCUGAUGGUGAGAGAAGAGUUUGCAAACUCUCUUCAGGCUAUUCUGAUAGGUCUCCCCUAACCCUAACCCUCCAUUUCGGAGCCUGGUAGAAGCAGGGGUAUGGGUGAAAAUUCUUGAGGGAGGGGUCCAGAACUCAGCUGCUAGGUUAAUGGCUGAUGGAACUUGCUCAAGAGCUGGGCAAAGGUGAAAGAGCCCUGUCCUGCUCCCAAGCCCUUAUUUCUCUCUCUCCGCUUCAUUGACACCCCCACCCCCUUCCCACGACAGUCAGCGCCCUCCACCCACACUCUGACCUCUUUCUUUACUCAACUAGCCCGGGGCAACCAAGACACAAUCCAGCCAGGCAGCAUGAGCCGAUCACCUCUCCAUCCCAUUCCACUCCUAUCUGUGGGCUCACAAGAUGCCCCUGCUCCCGGGCCACCACUGCUGCCCCCUCUCCAGAAUCCCUCCUCCCACUCAUGGGCCUCUCGGUGUGGGCCUUCCACCUGGGUCCUCAGCUGUCUUCUGGCUCUACAGCAUUUCCUGGUUCUGGCAUCUCUGCUCUCUGCCUCCCACCUGCUGCUGCUUCACAGCCUUCCCCCAGGGGGGCUCUCAUACUCACCUGCUCAGCUUCUGGCUUCCAGUUUCUUUUCCUGUGGUGUGUCUACAGUCCUGCAAACUUGGAUGGGCAGCAGGUUGCCCCUAGUCCAGGCUCCAUCCUUAGAAUUCCUUAUCCCUGCACUGGUGCUGACAAACCAGAAGCCAUCUCUGACCACUGAGACCCCUGGAAACGCCUCCCUCUCAAUGCAUCUGUGUAGUUUGUCAAGCUGCCAUGGCCUGGAGCUCUGGAACACUUCUCUCCGAGAGGUGUCAGGGGCAGUGGUGGUAUCCGGGCUGCUGCAGGGCACAAUAGGACUUCUAGGGUUGCCUGGCCGUGUUUUUCCCUACUGUGGACCACUGGUGCUGGCACCCAGCCUGGUUGUAGCAGGGCUCUCUGCCCACAAGGAGGUGGCCCAGUUCUGUUCCGCUCACUGGGGCCUGGCCUUGCUACUCAUCCUACUCAUGGUGAUCUGUUCUCAGCACUUGGGUUCCUGCCAGGUACCCCUGUGCUCCUGGAGGCCAGCUUCAACUUCCUCAACUCACAUUUAUAUUCCUGUCUUCCGACUCCUUUCGGUGCUCACCCCUGUGGCCUGUGUGUGGAUCAUCUCUGCCCUUCUGGGUCUGAGUGUUAUCCCCCUACAGCUGUCAGACCCCACUGAGGCACCAUGGUUUUGGCUGCCUCACCCAGGUGAGUGGGAUUGGCCCUUGUUGACACCCAGGGCCCUGGCUGCAGGCAUCUCCAUGGCUUUGGCAGCCUCCACCAGUUCCUUGGGUUGCUAUGCCCUGUGUGGCCAGCUGUUGCAUUUGUCUCCUCCACCACCACACGCCUGCAGUCGAGGGCUGAGCCUGGAGGGGCUGGGCAGUGUGCUGGCGGGGCUGCUGGGGAGCCCCCUGGGCACUGCAUCCAGCUUCCCUAACGUAGGCACAGUGAGUCUUUUCCAGACUGGUUUGCGGCAAGUAGCCCACCUGGUGGGGCUAUUCUGCAUGGGCCUUGGGCUCUCCCCAAGGCUGGCUCAGCUAUUCAUCAACAUCCCACUGCCCGUGCUUGGUGGGGUGCUGGGAGUGACCCAGGCUGUAGUUCUGUCUGCUGGACUCUCCAGCUUCCACCUGGCUGACAUUGAUUCUGGGAGAAAUGUCUUCAUUGUGGGCUUCUCCAUCUUUAUGGCCUUGCUUCUGCCAAGGUGGCUCUGGGAAGCCCCAGAGUUCAACACAGGCUGGAGCCCCUUGGAUAUGUUCCUGCGUUCUUUGCUGGCAGAACCCAUUUUUCUAGCGGGUCUUUUGGGCUUUCUUCUAGAAAACACCAUUUCUGGUACACGGAUUGAGCGAGGCCUAGGUCAACGGCCGCCAACUACUUUCACUGCCCAAGACACUCAGAAAUCCAGGGAGAAGGCUGCUCAAGAGUAUGGGCUUCCUUUACCCAUCACAAACCUGUGUUCCCACAUCCCACAGCCUCUCCAUUGCCUCUGUCCAAUGCCUGAAGACUCUGAGGAUGAGGAAGGAGGGCCCUCUAAAACAGGAGAGAUGGCCGACUUGUUGCCUAACUCUGAGGAGUCAUGCCCUGCAGCUAGUAGAGAAGGAGUUAGGUCCCAGUAAUUACCGUGAGCACCAUUUUUUUUUUUCGCCACUAUACUAACGAGGAAUGAACACCAUUUUUUUCUUCAUUAGUCUAGCAGUAACUCCCAGUUUGCUGGAGUCUCACCUGCGAGGCAACACUUUCUCCCAGUGAGAAGGUGUUUGUGGCCCAUCUAGAUGCGCCAUUUCCCAAUAGAAUGGGAUGCCUUUCCUUCUCUUAGUCAGGCUAACGUGUUCAGAA